GCCCAGUGCCAGAGUUUGUCUGUAAUGGGUUAAGCAGCAGGAGCUCCAACUCUCCUGGUCACAAUAAGACUGUAGGAGGCCCAAUCUAGGAUAAACCAGCCUGGAGAACUCAGCUGCCUGUACAAUCAGUCCUCCCACUUAUCUGCCUGCUAGAAUUCUUAACCCCUGCUGAGCCCCAAUCAUGCAGCCUGAAUCCUUGCUUCACAGCGGCUACUUCCACCCCUUGUUACGAAACUGGCAGGCAGCAGCCAGCAUCUUCGAUGCCUCCAACCUUAUCUACCCCAUCUUUGUCACGGACAUUCCUGAUGCUGUGCAACCAAUCGACAGCCUCCCUGGCAUUUCCAGGUAUGGUGUCAAUAAGCUGGAAGAGAUGCUGCGGCCCUUAGUAGCCAAGGGCCUACAAUGUGUCCUGAUCUUUGGGGUACCCAGCAGAGUCACCAAGGAUGAGUUGGGCUCAGGAGCUGACACAGAAGAUACCCCCGCCAUUCAGGCAAUUCGUCUGCUGCGCAAGGUGUUUCCCAGCCUCCUGGUGGCCUGUGAUGUGUGCCUGUGUCCCUACACCUCACAUGGUCACUGUGGACUCCUGAGAGAAGAUGGCUCGUUCCGGGCUGAGGAGAGCAGCAGGAGGUUGGCAGAAGUUGCUCUAGCCUAUGCGAAGGCAGGCUGCCAGGUCGUGGCUCCAUCAGACAUGAUGGAUGGGCGAAUUGCUGCCAUCAAGGAGGCAUUGAUCGCCCAUGGGCUUGGCAACAAGGUAUCAGUGAUGAGCUACAGUGCCAAGUUUGCUUCUUGUUUCUAUGGUCCUUUCCGGGAUGCAGCACAUUCUAGCCCAGCUUUUGGUGACCGACGUUGUUACCAGCUGCCUCCUGGGGCUCGGGGCCUGGCUCUUCGAGCUGUGGAUCGAGAUGUCCGGGAAGGAGCCGAUAUUCUGAUGGUUAAGCCAGGGUUGCCAUACUUGGACAUUGUAAGAGAAGUAAAGAACAAGCACUCUGUCCUGCCUCUUGCUGUAUAUCAUGUUUCUGGGGAGUUCGCCAUGCUGUGGCACGGGGCCCGAGCUGGGGCCUUUGACCUCAAGACUGCUGUUAUAGAGGCCAUGACAGCCUUCCGAAGAGCAGGUGCUGACAUCAUCAUCACCUAUUACACACCUCAACUCUUACAGUGGCUAAAGGAGCCAUGAUGGAUGGAUAGUGCAAGAACUAAGAAAUUUUUUUAAAUUAAAAAAAAAAAAAAAAAAAAGAAGCCAUAGAGAAGUGGAAAGUUCUCUAAAAGAGAUGAUUCAGACUGUCCCCUUCUCCCUUCUUGCUGGAUCCUGUACUCGGGGCUCCUGGCACCCACCUUCUUCAUCCUGGAAACAUGUAGUACCUUGGGGCUUUCCAGGAGGGCCCUCGGGGCCACCGCCUCCUCGGGGCACCUCUGCUUUCUGUGAUCCUGUGGAGAAGACCCCGUUGCUCCUCUGGCUGUUCCAGAUCCACCCUGCUCCUCUCACCUGGACGCUUCUCUCUAGUUUCUCUUAGAAAAUCUUUAGCUCCUCGAAUGUCUUGACCUGCUGAGAUCAGGGAGAUCUUAUCUUCUCCCAGAAUUAUUUCAAGCCAACAAAAACCAUCCAGCAAUAAGUAAACAAGGAGCGAGGGUCCCUCAGAAGAGGGACAUUGGACAAAGCAAAAUCUCUGAGAAUGAAGUGACAGCAGCGAUUGGGUACCGGACAUGGGAUGAGGCCUCCAGCAGAAUGCUUGCCGACGUCAAGUAGCAGAAAGAGCAUUAGACCCGGAGGCCGGACACCAGGAUUCAUCACUGCCCCUUUGUGGACCUCAGUUUUCCUUCUGUAUGUGAAAUGGGGGUCUUAGUACUUGUACUAUUGCCUCACAGAAGUGACAAGCACCUUAUGCUAUGAAAAUGUGAAUCAUUGUGGUUAUUAUAAUCUCCAGGGCUGAAGUUUCUCAAAAGUGGAGGUCUUGGGCUAUUGCUGCUGCUUUAUGUGAAGGGUAGAUUCUGUGAUUCUCAUAGGCCAGUGCUGUUCUCUGUGCUUGAUACCAUGGGCCUUACUGUCCCCUGCCUACAAAGAGCAAGGAAGGGGGGUUGUGUUAGAAGCCACAGCCACCUAGUGUGUCAGACUAGGUUUUAUCCGCCAUUUCCAAGUUAAUUUGUGAAAGUUUUCUCCUCUUUAGGCCUCAGUUUCCUCAUCUGUAAAAUGAGGGGAUUAUAUCUCUGAGGUCCCCCAAAUCUAAUGUUCAGUGGACCACAGGCUGGCAGAUAAGAGCUUUUGCUGAAGAACAGAUUUGAUUCAAUUUUCCUGAAAGACAAAUUCAAUUUAAAUAACUCAGCAUCAUAGAAUUUUGAAAACUAAAGGGAUCUUAAGGAUGUUAAAAAUGUAAUAAGUUAUAUUUUUAAAACAUAGCUUUAUUCAGUUCAAGGACAAGUAUUUGCUUUUCAGCUCAAGUUUGUUUCAGUUUGAUUACAUUUUCUGCCCCGAAUCAAGCUUGCUAUGUUCAUCAGAUUCACCAGAAAGGGUAGACCCCUUUCUGUACAUUGACAUAGUACUUAACUGCGGCUGUACUAUCUGCCUCACUGCAAACUUGUGGAGCAAAUACUGUAAAUGCUAUAUUAUACCCAUUUAAAGGAGGAAACUGAGCCUGAGGGGAAGUAACUCUUCUUCCCCCUUUCCCCUUCCCCCCCACUCCCCGCCUGCCGCAAUCAUAGAGCCAGUCAGCACUGGGAAUGGAUUGCAAACCUUAGACUCUUGUUUCAUGUAGUCAUUUUUCUUAUAUAAUUUGAUGCAUCUGCUCCCAUCAUCAAAGGAUACCUGAGUUUGUUGGAGAGGAGUUUUGUUUUAUUUUUUCUGUUAAUGGGAUGGAUUAUACUAAGUGUCCAGCUCCCUAUCCCAUAUAUUCCGGGGAGUAGCUAAAGUCUAGUAUGGGGAGAGAAGAGCAUGUGGGAGGCUCUUCCCCACAGCUUCAUUGAUCUUUUUAUCCAAGUGUUUUAACCAGACUAACUAUUUAAACUGGGAGAGGUGGGACAUCAGCAUAAAAAGACAGCAAGCAGCAUUGGGAAUUGUAGGCUGGCUGCCCAUUGAGUGGGACAGUUCCAAAGUGUUGGAGGAUUUGGGUUGGGUUUGGUUGAACCAAGGGUUUGGGUGAACCAAGAGGAGGAGAAAGAGGGAAUGCUUCCAGCCAUACAAAGGUGUGAGCAAAGGCAUGGAGCAGGAAAAGAGCAUAAAGGGAAAGGAAAAGGUCCCUAUAAAAGGACCUAUGAGUUCAUUGAGGGAGAGAACUAAUGGAAAGAAAAAAGUGGACAAAUUCAAUGGAAUCAGAUAAAAGACAGCUUUCAGUGUUUUGCUGAGAGUUUGGAUUUUAAAUAAAGGAAAAUCAUGGAAGGUUCAUGAGCCAAGGAUGCCGUAUGAAAUCAUGUUUGUAAAGUGUUUUUGUCAAUUUUAAAGCUCCCUAUAAAUGUCAGCUAUUUAAUAAUAUUUAGAGAAAUCUGAAAAAUGGGUACAAGAAUCCCAUCUCUGCCAGGUUUUUUUUAAGGGUAUUAAUGAGAUCAUGUAUAGAAAACUGCUCUGUAAAUCUUAACAAGUGAUAUAUAUGAAUGUAAACUUGCCAUCUUUGUUGGACAGAAGAGAACCCAAUCAAUAAAUAUUUAUUAAGUACUUA